CAGGCCUCGGGGCCGCCCAGCAUGAAGCGGGCACCAUGGGCUUUCUGGAAAACUACCAGGAGAUCGACCCUGUCACUUUGAACCUUUGCAUCCUGAUUGCCAGCUACGUUAUCUUGCUCCUCGUCUUCCUGAUAUCGUGUAUCAUGUACGACUGCCGGGGCAAAGAUCCCACUAAGGAGUACGCCCCGGACCCUCCGCCAGCUCAGUCUCCUAUCAGGCUGGUGGUAAUGCAGAGCUCUCCGACCCCGGUUGCAAGGUGGGACACAUCCAACAUGAUCACGACCUACCACGAGCCAACACAUUCUGACUUUAGGGAGAAGAAGAGCACGAUGGUCUGAGAGACUCUGCAGACCCACCUUUGUAUAUACUUGACUCUAUUUUUUUUUUGUAUAUGUUUCUUUUUACUUGCUUCCUCUCUGAGACAAUGCUAGGAUUUGACCUACGCCGAACCAGUCUUGCACGGUUCAUGAACAGACGGGCCUCUGCUAACUGCCGCUACCAGCCCACCUGCUAUGAGCAUGCUGCAAACUGCUACACCCAUGCACUCCUCAUCGUGCCGGCCUUCGUGGGCAUGGCAUUUCUGCACCGUCUGUCGGACAACGGCUGGGAGAAGGUCACUGCCUGGGUGUACGGCAUGGGCCUGUGCGCCCUCUUCCUGGUCUCCACUGUGUUUCACAUCAUCACCUGGAAGAAGAGCCACAUGAGGUCAAUGGAACAGUGUUUCCACAUGUGUGACAGAGUGGUCAUCUAUCUGUUCAUCGCUGCCUCCUACACACCCUGGUUGAACCUUCGUGAAUUGGGCCCUCUCGCAGCACACAUGCGAUGGUUUGUGUGGCUCAUGGCUGCUGCUGGAACCAUAUACGUCUUCAACUACCAUGAAAAGUAUAAAGUUGUUGAGCUGGCCUUCUACUUGAUGAUGGGUUUCUUCCCUGCAUCAGUUGUGACAUCGAUGAGCAACACGGAGGGCAUGCAGGAGCUGGCGUGCGGCGGCCUCAUCUAUGUCCUCGGCGUGUUCUUCUUCAAGAGCGACGGCGUCAUCCCCUUCGCCCACGCCAUCUGGCACGUGUUCGUGGCGCUGGCUGCGGCCGUACACUACUACGCCAUCUGGAAAUACCUCUACAAGACCCCCGGCGCGGACCCCCACCUCCAGUCGUGACCACAGCCGGGGCUGGACGCCGCUUCUCCACCUUUUGCUUCUGAAGAAAGCGCCUGCACACUCCUCUACUGCCCACUGAAGCUGCCACCACAGCCCUGAAGUUUACGAAAAAAUGACCAUGAAUUGUUUACUGUUUUCUAACGUGGAGAACAGAUUUCUGACAAAGAAAAAGCUACAUUCAAAGCUUUUUUGUAAAACUUCAACGGAAAACAGGGCAGCCAGGGGUGAAUUUUGACUUUUUACAAUGAGUGUUUGAUUUGAUAGCAGACUUUUGUAUCGCUUGAGUCACAUUCCACAUUGGGGUCAUUUGUGAUGUCAUAACUGGGAGAUUUAUCAUAAUUUCAGCGGAUUAUUUGAACAAUAGGAGUAUCCAGUGAGGUGCUAAAAAUUAGGCAGGGCUGGGAGAACUAAUAUCACAUGGAUUCCUUUUUUUCAUACUUUGUUUUUGAGGGGUAUAAUGCGGUUCUCUUUUUUUUCAAUAAAAAAAAGAAUCCAAAGAUCGCAAAUAUGAUCAAAACACGCAACUGUAUUAUACAUUUGCCCCAGGGAAAUAGUUUUUGGGCAAGAUUAGUUUAAAACAAGGAACUCUCGGUACAAAAGGGCAUAAAUCUGACCACACAUGAUGCCAACCUUUCAUACUCUACCAACAAAUGUAUUGAGGUGUUACCCAGCCCUUGUUAUUAGUUAACACAGGAAGAAACAACUCUUGACAGGAUUGUUUUAUCCAUUUUCUAUAUUUUCUUUUUACCGUUAUCCACAUGACCAACUUCUGUGACCAAUGUGUUUCUUUUUUUCUGACCAGUAUCCUAAUGCAGUUUUCAGGGAUUCACAGUUUGUAAGUGUUUAGCACCCCUGCUGGUGAUGAACAGCGUUACAGGGUGUGUAAAGUAAGGCACACAGGGGAGGUGGGACUUUGUUAAAUGAGCCAAAUGAUGAGAGAAAAUCAGUUCAGGUAAUAUGAUGAGAAUUUUUCCACUUUCUUAUUAAUGUGAACAGUGUGCGGUAGAGUGUGCAUGCACGCCCUUUGUACUGUAGUCCAGUAUUACAUUUCCACUGAUUCUCUCUCUCAGUGUUUUGAUUUUGCACCACUAGUACGAACAGUGUUUCCUGUCUGUAUUCUGAAGCGGGUUUGAUAAGUAGAGAAACCUCAUGUUUAUUUUACUCAUGCUGUUGGUUUUGUAAAUGUUGGCUCCCGACUCCUAAGAUUACCUUUCCUCUUAGUCAGCAAAAUGAUUUCUCAUGUUGAAAAUAUUUCCUUAACCACUCUUGUUUUGUAAUGUUUGUAUAUUCUGUUUUUAUUUUUUCCGUUGAUUAUAUGAUCCUGGCCUUCGACAGGGGGGAAAAAGCUGCUUGUCUGUUCCAUUGGCUGUUAAUGGUGCUGCAUAUCCACGAGUGAUCCUCCUCUGUCCUGAAUAUCACCUCUAAUGUGACAAUAAAAAUGAUAAUGCCCCAGGGUAAAGAUCUUCA